UGAGAUAAAUGAAAAUUUUUUUUAUUAAACUAUAUUUUAAUACAUAAAUUAAAAAUAAAAUAUAAAUUAAAAGUGAUCAAUUAAUAUUAAAUCAAAAGCAAAUGAAACAUUUGAAUUGAAAUGGGAAGAGUAGAUGUGUACAAUGAAUUAUGACUCCAUCUUUGAGGGCACAACACUUUGCAGAAACAUAAUGGCUGAGAUACAUAAACAUACUCCACAGAUAACACUCUGAAGAUACCAAUACAAUUACACAAUGGCUUUUCAAAUCACACCUUCCAAAAUAUCUCCAAUCAUCCAUAACCCCAUCAUCAACAUCACUCUAAUUGUUCUUCUCCUCCCUCUUUUCUACCUUUUUGGCUCCUUCUCCACCAUUGCCAUCACCUCCACCACCGUCUCCACCUCAACAACAACCAAUACCACACCCAAUUGUACUUCAACUCAACGUAUUUCAAAGGACGCAAAAACAGAACCCAUUGAUUCUCAAAACCUCGACUUUUCAACCCAUCAUCAUUCUUCUAAAUCCAUAAUCGUGCACAGAACCCAUCACGAAUCCAUCGAAUUUUGCCCCAAGAACUUCACUAACUAUUGCCCAUGUCAAGAUAUUAACAGGGUCAAGUACAUUUCAAAGGAGAGAUUCUUCCAUAGAGAAAGACAUUGUCCUCUAAGUGAUAAUGAGAAACUUCGGUGUUUGGUUCCUCAACCAAAGCGAUACCGAAACCCGUUUCCAUGGCCCAAGAGUAGGGAUAUGGCUUGGUAUCAUAAUGUACCGUCGAAAAAGCUUACUGUUGUUAAGAAAUCUCAGAAUUGGGUUCGGUUGGAAGGUGAUUACUUGAUAUUUCCCGGAGGUGGGACUUCUUUUCCUAAGGGAGUUCAGGCUUAUUUAAAGUUCAUUAAUAAAGUUUUGCCUCUGAAAUCUGGGCGUAUUCGAACUGCUCUCGACAUUGGGUGUGGGGUUGCUAGUUUUGGGGCGGCUUUGUUGGAUUACAAAAUCAUAACAAUGUCGGUAGCACCAAUGGAUAUACAUGAAGCUCAAGUGCAGUUUGCAUUAGAAAGAGGACUUCCCGCUAUGCUUGGUAUUCUUAGUACCUACAGAUUGCCUUAUCCAUCAAGGUCUUUUGACCUAGCUCAUUGUUCUAGAUGUCUUGUGAAAUGGGCUCAUCAUGAUGGAUUAUAUUUGUUGGAAAUUGAUCGUGUUCUGCGGCCUGGUGGUUAUUGGGUAUUAUCGGGCCCACCCAUUGGUUGGCGGAUUAGCUACAAAAGCUGGGAGAGAACACCUGAGGACUUGGAAAAUGAGCAAAUGACUUUGGAAGACCUUGCAAGGAGAAUGUGCUGGAAAAAGAUUGCAGAGAAGGGACCAAUUGCAGUGUGGCAGAAGCCAACUAAUCAUAUUCAUUGUAGACAAAAUUUAAAGACUUGGAAAUCUCUAUAUUUUUGCAAGGACAAUGAACCCGACUAUGCUUGGUAUAGAAAGAUGGAGCCAUGCAUAACUCCACUUCCUGAUGUUACAAACAUCAAACACACUGCUGGAGGAACCCUUGAAAAAUGGCCUAAAAGGUUAAAUGUCGUACCACCUAGAGUAACUAGUUCAAGCAUUAAGGGAGUUACUUCAAGGACCUUCAAUGAAGACAAUCGCUUAUGGAAAAGAAGAGUUCAGCAUUAUGGAAAAGUUCUUGUUUCUCUCUUCCAUGGUGGAUAUCGGAAUAUCAUGGAUAUGAAUGCUUAUUUUGGAGGGUUUGCUGCUGCACUAUCUCCGUACCCUGUGUGGGUCAUGAAUGUGGUCCCUUAUGAUUCCAUGAAUAGCACCCUUGGGAUCAUCUAUGAGCGCGGAAUGAUAGGCACGUACAUGAACUGGUGUGAGGCUUUCUCAACAUAUCCCCGGACAUACGAUCUGAUACAUGCACAUGGGAUUUUCAGUAUGUACAUGAACAAGUGUGAAAUUGUUGAUAUACUGAUCGAGAUGUAUAGAAUUGUUCGACCAGAUGGUGCUGUUAUUGUGAGGGACAAUGUAGAUAUCCUUGUUAAACUUAAAGAUUUGAUGGGAAAUUUGGGAUGGCAACCCAAACUAUCCCAUACUGAGCGUGGACCUCUGGACACUGAGAAAGUGCUCUUUGUUGACAACUCUCACACUACAUCAUGAUAUAAUAUUAUAUGCUUUUUAGUUAUUGUAAUAUAUUUGUAACAUUAAAUUAUUUUCUUUUUAAUAACAUUAUGGCCAAACUGUAUUUAACCAUACAAACUAGUGAUCUAGAAUUUGUGCUGUAUUAUAUUCACUGGCAAAAUAAACAAAUGAUUUAGAUUUGUUAUAGCAAAUUUGGGACCCAAACGGGAUGAAAGUGAAUUUACGUAAAUCCGAAGCAUUCAACAGCUUUGUGACGGUAAAUGAACUUUUAUCCUUACAU